AUGGCUCUCCGGCGGACGAUCUGCAGCCGAGGCAUAGCAGAGUGGGAAUCGAGCCUCUGGCACUUGCAGAGGCGAGUCUCACAAGCAGUCGGCAAGGUCGGGCCGGGCCCUUUCCUUUCAGCCUUGUUCGAAAGCGACAAAGCAUCUCAAUGGGCUUGGGCAGUACAGCUGCUGUCGACGAUGCGUCGCAGAUCCUUCAAAGAUUCUCUGGCCCGUCACUCAGCACUUUGUGUGCAAUCUUGA